GCCCGGGCGGCGCGAGAGCGUCACGCGGGUCCGCCCUCACCUCUCGAGGUUCCAGAGUUCUUGAGUUGUGUGCGUCGGCAACGGUAGUGACGCGUAUUGCUCGGAGGAUGGCCGACGCCGGCUUGCGCCGCGUGGUUCCCAGUGAUCUGUAUCCUCUUGUGCUCGGCUUUCUGCGCGAUAACCAGCUAUCGGAGGUGGCCAAUAAGUUCGCCAAGGCAACUGGCGCUACCCAGCAGGAUGCCAAUGCCUCUUCCCUCCUGGACAUCUAUAGUUUCUGGCUCAAGUCCACGAAGGCUCCAAAACGGAAGUUACAAGCAAAUGGGCCAGUGACUAAGAAGGCUAAGAAGACGACUUCAUCCAGUGACAGCAGUGAAGACAGCAGUGAGGAGGAAAAAGCCCAAGGGCCUCCAGCCAAGAAAGCUGCUGUACCUGCCAAGCGUGCCAGUCUGCCUCCACAUCCUGGUAAGGAUGCAGCCAAAGCACCAGAGAGUAGCAGCAGUGAAGAAUCCAGUGAUGAGGAGGAGGAAGAGGACAACAAGAAAAAGCCUGUCCAGAAGGGAGUUAAGCCCCAAGCCAAGGCAGUCAAAGCUCCUCCUAAGAAGGCUGAGAGCUCUGAUUCUGAUUCUGACUCAAGCUCAGAAGAUGAGGCACCAAAGAACCAGAAGCCAAAGACAACACCCGUGGCAGCUAAAGCUCAGGCUAAAGCUCCAGUGAAACCAGGCACACCCGUUCGAGCAGCUCCUAAAGUAGCUAAUGGCAAAGCCGCUAGCAGUAGCAGCAGCAGCAGUAGCAGCAGCAGCAGCAGCGAUGAAGACUCAGAGAAAGAGAAGGCAGCAGCUGUCUCUAAGAAGACUGUACCUAAAAGGCAAGCAGUGGCCAAGGCCCCAGUGAAAGCAGCUGCCACCCCUGCCCAAAAGAGUUCCAGCAGUGAGGACUCCUCCAGUGAGGAGGAGGAAGAGGAGGAACAGAAAAAGCCCAUGAAGAAAAAGCCAGGUCCGUAUAGUUCAGUUCCCCCGCCUUCUGCUCCCCCACCCAAGAAGUCCCUAGGAAGCCAGGCUCCCAAGAAAGCUGCAGAGAAGAAACAGCCUGAGGAGAGCAGCGAUGACAGCAGUGACGAGUCUGAUUCAAGCUCUGAAGAAGAAAAGAAGCCGCCAGCUAAGGCAGUCAUCUCCAAAGCGGCUACUAAACCAGCUCCAGCAAAGAAGGCGGCAGAGAGUUCUUCAGACAGCUCAGACUCUGACAGUUCUGAGGAGGAAGCUCCUGCCAAGCCAGGUAGUACCACCAAGAAUCCCUCAAGUAAGCCAGCUGCCACUCCCAAGCAGCCUGCAGCAAAACCAGCCGCAACUCUCAAGCAGCCUGCAGGCGGUGGCCAGAAGCCUCUGAUCAGAAAGGCUGAUAGCAGCUCCAGUGAGGAGGAGAGCAGUUCUAGUGAGGAGGAGGAGGAGAAGACGAAGAAGACGGCGGCCGCCGCCAAGUCCAAGGUGAUGGCGAAAGCAGCUCUAUCUUUGCCUGCCAAACAAGCCUCUCAGGGUGGUGGGGAGAGCAGCUCUGAUUCAGACAGCUCCAGCAGUGAAGAGGAGGAGGAGGAGGAAAAGAAGAUGUCUAAAGCCGCAGUUACAAAGAAGCCACAGAAGACAGCGGGAGCUGUAGCCCCUUCCAAGCCAGCCUCUACAAAGACAGUAAAGGCUGAGAGCAGCAGUAGUUCUUCUUCUGAUGACUCCAGUGAGGAGGAGGAGGAGGAGGUGCCCAAGGGCAAGGGUACUCCUAGACCACCAGCCCCCAAAACCAGCAGCUCUCUCCAGAAUGGAAAAGCAGAGAGGGACAGCAACAAGGAGGAAGAAGAUAAGACAAAGGCAGCAGUGGCCAUUUCGAAGCCAGGUUCAGGAAAGAAACGAAAACAGAAUGAGGCUGCCAUAGAAGCAGAGACUCCGCCAGCCAAAAAGAUAAAACCUCAGACCCCCAACACUUUUCCAAAAAGGAAGAAAGCAGAAAAAAGGGCAUCGUCCCCAUUCCGAAGGGUCAGAGAGGAAGAAAUCGAGGUGGAUGCUCGAGUGGCAGACAACUCCUUUGAUGCCAAGCAAGGUGCAGCUGGAGACUGGGGGGAGCGAGCCAAUCAGGUCCUGAAGUUCACCAAAGGCAAAUCCUUCCGACAUGAGAAGACCAAGAAGAAGCGGGGCAGCUACAGAGGAGGCUCUAUCUCUGUCCAGGUUAAUUCAGUGAAGUUUGACAGCGAGUGACCUGGGGCCAUCCUGGUGAAGCAGGGUGAUGAUCCGAGACUACUGACUUUCCCUGAUGGGCCUGGGAGCUCUCGGCUCUGUUAGGGAGGUGACGAGGACAGGAGUCUACAACAGGUCUGAGGACUGCAUCGGAACAUCCUCUCUAGUCCUUUUCUAUGUUCGUAGUUUUCGUACAGAUUUGUUUUUGAGUGUUCAGUAGCAAGGACAAGGUAAGGGGUGUUUUGUUUUUUUAAGAAAAAUUUCUUUUAGUUGUCAUCCCCUUCUCACUGUUCUCUGGAAGUUCUCAUACUGGGAAAUUUGUAUAUUUUAUAUUAAAUUGUUUCCUAUUGAUUUUUUGUGAUUUUCAGAGGUGUGUUCCCACAGAUAAAAGCUGUUGCCCAAGACAUAGUAAAGGUCACGUGUAUGAACUUGUAUGAUUAGAGAAGUCUGCCUACAUGAGUGCAAAUGUCCACAUUUCACCCCUCCUUCCCAUCAGCCCUGGUGAGGGCCACUUAACAAUGGUUAAUGUAUGUGUGUUAAGCAUGUGCUGUGAAGUUUUCAGCCAGCGUGACUUUGCUACUUUGGGGGAUAAAAUUCACUGUGUUGUUAACAGGCAAAAUUAUGGUGUAAUGUGAAUGUUGUGGAAUCAGUCUGAAUAUUUUGUUUUCUGUUAUUUUAUUAUUAUUACAUGAUGAAAUUUGCAGUACAUGUUUUCUAAUUUGAAAGCAUAAACUUUCCUAUUGUUCAAAGGCUUGUUUUGGUGACUUGACCCUUAACAGUGUUGGGUAUUAAAUUGAGGACUGCGUUGUCUGAUUUUUUCUUUUUAACAUUUCGGAGGAAAAAAACAACAUUAAUUGAAUCACUUGGUAUGUCUGUCUUGGUAGCAGUGGUAACACAAACUUAGUUUCAUUAACUUCUACGUGCUUGGGAAUCACUGAUUAAAAAAGUAAAAGAAGGAAAACUAAUAACCUCAAUCCUCAGUAGGAAUUAGGUUACAUUACUCAGAUGAAUUUAUAGUUCACCUAUGUAUGUCCUAAAACUUGAGUGGUGGGUUUGGGAGAGCAUCCUAACAGGAUUAUUGCAUCUUGGAGUUGGUACAUGGAAGCAGUCGAUGUGCCCCCUUCAGAACUGCCACUGUCUAACAGGGGGUAAUGAUAAAAACCACUGAGCAGGGAUGUGACCCAUAGGCUAAGCUGGCUGUUUGUAAGGCUGUAGGACAUGUUGGCAGUGCUCAGCCAGAGCAGGAUGGGGAAGCGCCAACAAACUCUGGGGGCCGGGCUGUCCCUGUGUCAGGAAGGUGUGCCCCAGUUUCAUGGACAAGGUGUAGGUCUUUGAAUUAACCUCCCCCCCUUUUUUGGAUUUCAUACUUGUAAAUAACCUGAUACUAACCUUGUUUUCCAUGUAACUGCCUCUAGGAACGAAACGCAUUGUUCAUGCUGACAUGGGUAUUUCAGUCUGCAUGGUAAAAGUUAUGGAUCUUAUUAUAAAAUAAUAAACUGAU